AUGAAAAAAUAUUUUUUUGUCAUUUUGUGUAUAUUUUCACAACUUAGUAAUAUAUACAACAUAAAGAUAUUUGAAAAAAAAAAAAAUUAUAUAAAUAAUUUUGAAAUUGGAAAUAUAAAAAGGAAUUAUAAUUUUGUUAAUUAUACUAAUAUGUUAUAUGAUACGAAAAAAAAUAAAAUAAAAUUAUAUACUCAAAAUAAGAUAAAUGAAAAUAAUAAUAAAAUAUCAGGUUGUGAAAAAUUAACAAAUAUAAUUUUAAUUAUUGAUUAUGAUGGAACACAUUAUAAUGGAUGGACUGGCAUUGAAAAUUGUAGUCCCGUUUAUUUAAAUGCUCUUAAUGGAUUUAAAAAUGUAAAAAAUUCAAAUAUUUCUAAAGACACACCUCUAGAACAAAUAGAAGAAGAUAGUGACACAAGUUGCAAUAGUCUAAAAAAAAAAAAUGAAAAUAAAUAUAAUACUGUGCAAAAUUGUCUGCUUAAUUGUUUAUUAAAAAUACAUGGAUAUGGGGAUAAUCCAAAUAUUAUUAUUGAUCAAAAAGAAACGGAUUUCAAACCCUUUGAAUUCAUAGGUGUUAGUAGAACAGAUAAAGGUGUACAUGCUAAAGAAUAUGUUUGUCAAUAUAUCUCAUAUAAAAAACGACCACCAUUUAAUGGAAAUUUAGAAAAAAUUAAAUUAUCUUUAAAUCAUUUAUUAAAUAAAGAUAUAAAAGUUUUAGGAAUCUUUAAUGCACCUUUUAAUAGUUUUAAUGUACGGUUUCAUAAUUUAGGGAAAAUAUAUACAUACAAUAUUGAUCUUAGAAAACCUUCACAACCUUUAGAAAAAAAUUUCUCUUGGCAAUUAUAUGAUGAUCCACGAUUUUCAUUUCUUUUGAAAAAUAAAUUAACAAAAUAUAAAACAUGUCUAAAAGGGAAUCAAAAAAAUUCAAACAAAAAUUUAUAUGACACAAAUUUAACUUCCCUUUUUGAUCAGAAUCAUAAUAAUAUGGACAGGGUCGAUUGCGACAGUUUUCCUACUUCCAGCUCAAACGACGACGAUGAAAACAGUUUGGAGACUGACACUGUUGAAGAAGAACAAGACAACUUUGAACAUGCUGAACGAAAUUCUAACGACUUAAUUAUUAAAGAACAAAUUGAAGAUAUCAUAAAAAAAGAAAAAGAAAAAAACGGACCAGAUAAAAUAAUACAUUCAUUAAAUAUAAUAAAUGGAAAAAAUGAAUUUAAAUCUUCUAUUUUAUGUGAUAUAGAUAAAAUUAAAGAAUGUUCAAAACUAUUUAUAGGGUAUCAUAAUUUUGAAUGUUUUAGAGGAACACUUAAAGGAACAGAAAAACAAAGAACUAUAAAUACUUUUUGUAAUAUACAUUUUUUAGAUAUAUAUAAAUUAAAAGAUAACUUAUAUCAAUUUGUAAUUCAAGGUGAUCGAUUUUUAUAUCAUAUGAUUAGAAUAAUUGUUGGAGUUUUAAUACAAGUAGGUGUUGGCAUUUUAAACAUUCAAGACGUUAAAGAUGCUUUAUAUAAUUGCAAACCACUUAGAGUUAAAUUAUGUGCACCUCCUCAAGGCCUAUGUUUAAAAAAAAUAUUAUUCCCACCAGAAAUUGAGACUCUCGUAAAUUCAGCAAUCUUCCCGGAAUAA